AUGGGCGAGGAAAAUUUACUUUACUGUUACAAUAAAGGAUGCGGUACAAAAUUCAAUCCUAGCGAAAACAAUAAUGAUUCAUGUUUGUAUCAUCCUGGCGCACCAUACUUCCAUGAUGCUUAUAAAAUCUGGAGUUGCUGCAAUCAGAAAAGUACAGAUUUCAGUACAUGGUUAAGUCUAAAAGGCUGCACUCGUGGACAGCACAGUAAUCAGAAAUCGGUAAUGGAAACAAAAUCCGAAAAAUCAGAGACAAAAAUUAAAUCACAAGCACCGGAAGAGGUGAUCGUUUGGAAUGGUUUAAAUAAACCUGCAGCUAGACAUGAUUCUUUGGAAAUAAUGAGGGCGAUAAAGUUUGAAGUAACUGACGGCGCCUUAAGAGCCAUUGAAAAAUUCCAAUCAGAAGUAAAGGAAAAGAUUGAAGCAGAUAUUCAUGUCGGUGCGUCAUGUAAAAAUCCUGGUUGCGAAAAGGUUUAUGAAAACGAAGAAAGCAUGAAUGAACAGUGUGUGUAUCACAAUGGUGUAGCUGUAUUUCACGAAGGAAUGAAGUAUUGGUCAUGCUGUGAGAAGAAGACUUCCGAUUUCAGUGUAUUUCUCGAGCAGAAGGGCUGUACGGUAGGGAAACACUGCUGGACAAAGACAGAGCGAGUUGACAAAAUUCGUGAGGAUUGGUUUAGUGGAGGCGGCUUCAUUCAUUUAAAUGUUUACUGUAAGGGAGCUGUACCGGAAUCGUGCAAGGUGGAGUGCAAUGGUCUUAUAUUGCAAAUAAAAGUCGUACAUGGUUUCGGUGCAAAAGAAACACAGCUGAAUUAUGAACUUUUCGGUAGGAUCAACGUAGAUGCAUCGAAGGUAGUAAUUGGUGAGAGAAAAUUGGAAUUAAUAUUAAAACAAGAUGAUGUAGCAAGCUGGCCACGGUUAACGUAUGAUCCAAAAAGCGUUGAAGCCUAA